CAUCUGGGAUCCAUAAUUGACGAUGGAAGGGUGUAUGAAGAAGUUCUCGCCGUCAGUACCACCCUGCCACUGACGGAAUUAGCUCGCUGAUCCCUCUUUUCAACAAGAAUAGCGUUUUAUGGCUGCGGUUCCGUCGGUCUCUCGUCUUCUGGAUCGAGUGUUAUUCGCGAAUGUGGCAUUUUGACAAACAUCCUCCGUCAAAUAUUCGUCCCGGGAGACCAGCUCACAUGACGAGGAAUAGGAAACAUUGAGUCCGGAAUAUCACCUCUUCUUGCUGCCUACAUGAUAUCCGUCUUCUGCACAGCGCAACGUGCAGAAUGGCAUCGAACGAGAGACUGUACGAGGUUUGGAUGCUGUACUGCAACAAGAGGGACCCAGACUACCUGAAGUUAUGGCUGGAGAUUUUCAUUGGCUCUUAUGACAGAUGUCUGGAUGUGGAUUUCGAGAAACCACCUACAAGGUUGGAGGAGGUGCCACCUGUUAUGUCCAUGCUGCCUGAUAACAUCCUGCAGGUGUUGAGGUUACAGCUGCUGCAGUGUGUGCAGAAAGCCUCCGAAGGCCUGGAGCCAGAGCAGCAGAACCUCGCUCUGCUGCUCCUCAAGUUCCUUAUCGUCAUCUGCAGGAACCUGUCAAACGUGGAAGAGAUCGGCACCUGCUCUUAUAUCAACCACAUAAUCACACUGACAACCCUUUACAUUCAACAGCUGAAGAGUAAAACGAAGGAGAAGGAGCUUGCCGAUCAGACGCAGGCAGAGGAGUUUGUACGUCAUGCCUUGGCCUUCUGUGAAAGUCUGUACGAUCCAUAUCAUAACUGGAGGCAUCGCACACACGGACAACAGCUGGGCACUGUGGAACGGAGCAGACAGAAGUAUAAAGCAGCCCCACUCACAGUCGAGUUUGUCCCAUUCUUCUACCAGUGCUUUCAGGAGAGUGAACACCUGAAGGACAGUCUGAAAUGCUGUUUGUUGCAUCUGUUUGGAGCUAUUGUAGCAGGAGGACAGCGGAAUGCUUUGCUGGCCAUCUCUCCGGCCACUAUGGAGGUGUUGCUGGGUGUGUUGGGUGGAGGCGAGUGUGUGGACGGAGAUGGGGAAGACUGGGACAGCGAAGCUCCGGACCGAAAGGCUCUCCUGACCCUGGGCUGUCUCAGGGAGGUGGUGCACAGACUGCUGGCCAGCAGCUCCGACCAGAGGCAGGUGGAGAUCAGCUCCGUGCUGGAGAACUACUUCAAACUGCUCAACUCCGACCCGGCUGCGGCCGCCACUUCGCAGGGCAAAGGGAGGGCGCCCCCUCGCUCCCGCCACUGGGAGAGCCGAUUCGUGGCGCUGCAGGUGCACAUGCUAGACACCAUCAGGGACAUGUUUGAAUGUUCGGACCGGCCGGUUCUGCAGGCUAUCUUCCUCAACAGCAACUGUUUUGAGCACCUUACCCGCCUCUUACAGAACAGCAAGGUGUUUCAGGGUAGGCUCGACUCCCUCGCCGUGGCAACCAUCAAGGCCUUGACGACAGUUAUGCACAAAUCACCAGCUGCUAAGGAGGUGUUUAAAGAGCGGAUUGGCUACACACAUCUGUAUGAGGUGCUCGUCUCUUUGGGCCAACCCUCCAGACACUUGCUGCAAGAACUGAUGAACAUGGCUGUUGAAGGUGAGCACUCCUCCGUGGGGAUUCUGGGCAUUAGUAACGUGGAGCCUCUCCUGCUCAUGGUCCAGUGGCUUCCCGAGCUGGACUCGGCCGAGCUGCAGGUCUUCGCCGCCGACUGGCUCCGUCGCAUCUGCUGCCUCAACCGCCAGACGCGCGGCACCUGUGUCAACGCCGGCAUGACCCUGCGGGUGCUGGGUUCGCUGGGCCGCCACGGCAGGCUGCACCGGGCCUGCGUGGAGAGCCUGGUGUCCCUCCUCAGCUCCCUGGGCAGCCAGUCGCUCAGCAGGGCGGAGCUCCAGCACCUCCUGCGGCUGCUGCGACAGGACGAGCCCGGGCGGCCGCACCCGUACGUGGGGCCCGCGCUGCGGGCGCUCCUGGGCAUGGUGCGGAAGCAGGGCCUGGAGAACGCCAUGCAGUACUUCGACCUGACGCCGGGGAUGACCGGCAUCGCCGUGCCGACCAUCCAGCGUUGGCCCGGGUCGGCCUUCGGCUUCCUGGCCUGGCUCUCGCUGGACCAGGACCAGCUGGGACCCCCCGGGAAAGGGGAGAAGAGGAAACAGCUGUAUAGUUUCUUUACAGCAGGCGGUACCGGGUUCGAGGCCUUUAUCAGUUCCGCUGGCGUUCUCGUGGUUGCCGUGUGCACAAAGAAAGAGUACGUCACCGUCAUGCUCCCGGACUACUGCUUUUGCGACUCGCUCUGGCACAGCGUCGGUGUGGUCCAUGUGGCCGGGAAGAGGCCGUUCGGUCAGAGCCUGGUUUAUAUUUACGUGGACGGUCAACAGAAACUCUCAGCGCCGCUCAAGUAUCCCGUAAUGACAGAGCCCUUCACUUCAUGCUGCAUCGGCUCCGCCGGACACAGGACCACCACCCCGCCCCCCUCCCAAAUCCCCGACCCCCCCUUCUCCGGCGGCGCCCCGACGAGCCGCUCCCCUCUGGGAGGCAUCCUGUCGCCCCAGGGCUGGAGCGGGCUCCUCGGGGGCAAACCCGAAUCCGUCACCAAACUCAUAUCGGCGGGGACGCAGGACAGCGAGUGGGGCAGCCCCACCUCCCUGCAAGGCCAACUGGGAAGUGUCAUGGUUUUCCACGAAGCCCUUCAAGCCAAUCACAUCAAAGCUAUCUGCAGCGCAGGACCAAAUUGCAUAUCACCCUUUAAAACCCAAGAGGCUGAGCUGGGAGACCUCUCGACCAAACUCCUGCUUCACUACUCCCCAAAGGCGUGCAGGAACCCUAUCUGUCUGGACUUGUCCCCCAACGCUUUACACGGACGUCUGACUGGGAACAAAGUGGUUAACUGGGACAUUAAGGAUAUGAUCAACUGUGUAGGAGGUUUGCCAGUGCUCCUCCCCAUCCUGGAGCAGCUGACUUUGAUGACCCCCGAUCAGCAGGCCGACCCUGCGGGGUCAGAGUUCAUCACCCCUGACUCAGCCACACCUGCCGAAGGAGACUGGGUCAUCCUCCCAUCCAACCGUGCCUCAGAGGCACGACUGGAGAAGAGCUUGGGGGCCACCUUCCUGUUGGUGUUGAAGCACUUCCUGCAGAGACACCCCAUCAACCAGGAGAGUCUGCUCCACUCUCACGGAGUCGCUACUCUGGGAGUACUGCUGCAGAAGUUGCCGGCCUUCCUGGUGGAUGUGAAUGUGUUGGUGGCAGUGCAGAUGCUGAUUGAACAGGUGACCUAUGAGAAGAACCUUCAGCUCCUACAGCAGCUCCACACACACCUGCUCUUCAACUUCAGCAUCUGGAACCAGGGAGACUUUCCUCUGCGUAUCGGCCACAUCCAGUACAUGUCCACUGUCAUCAAAGAUAGCAGGAAACAGUUCCGCAAGAAAUAUGGAGUUCAGUUCCUGCUAGACACCAUUCGCCUUCACUAUGGCUCUGGCAACCGAGAGAGCGAUCUAUGUGAAGAUGAUAUUCGUACCGUUAGGGCGUCUCUCUGCGGCCUUCUCAAAUAUUACGUCAGCAAGGGCAUUUCUCAAGAGGAGCUACAGAGCAUUCUGGGGUACAUCGCUGCCAUCGGGGAUGAGGAACAGCUGUGUGGUAUACUGGAGCUGUUGCUGACUCUGCUUCAGACCAGUGCGGCGAGGGAUCAGCUCUUCCUGUUGCUGUUUGAACCUGGAGCAGCGGACUCUUUCUACGCCUUGCUUCUGAACAACAAACACUCCGACCGGCUCAGGGAACUGAUCUUCAAGCUGUUUGAGCGCAUGCUGAAAUGUGACCGUGUGUACGAGAAAAGCAAACAGCGGCUGAAGCUUAGGGAAGUGGGUUACUCGGGUCUCACCCUCCUCUUCUCCGACCUUCACAUCACCCCGACGCUCGUCAAGUGUCUGCUCAACCAGGUCCUCUCCACAGACCCCACAGUGAACUAUAAGGAUCUGAUGUCGCUGGUUCAGCUGACCCACCGGGCCGGACCCAGCGUUCGCCUCAUAGUAUGCAAACGACUCUAUUCACUGCUUCAGUCUCAGCAGGACGUCGCUGUGCAGAUAUCCAAGCAGCUGUGCUGGCAGGAGACCCUCAUGCGUCUGUUCGUGCGGAGCCCCGGCUCCGAGGGCGGUUCGGGAGGGCGGGGGGACGCGGCCAGCCUGGCCAGCCUGGAGCUCGGCCGGGGCGGCGGGAACCGACUGGAGCCCCCCCCGGAGCGCCGCGGCCUGUCGGGGAGCGUCGGGCGGCUGAACGAGGAGAGGGAGGCCUCGGACGGCGCCGGGGACAACCGCUCCAUCGACAGUUUAGACAACGGGGAGGUGGCGUCUCUCUCUGACACGCCCGGAGACCCCCACGUGCCUAAACCAUGGGCAGGGAAAGCGGGGGGGUUGAGUCUAGAUUUGUCCCAGGUGCACGCCUUCGAGCAGGGGGACAGCGGCAGCCAGACGCCCGGGAGCAUGCCCAGUACUCCGUCCCCACUGGAAAACUCCAAACCGUUCCCCGGAACCAACGCGGAACAAGAGACGACGUCUUCCAUGACCGACGACAGCUUCCUGUUCAGCGACAACAUCUCUCUGGGAGAGUCCUUUAACAGCGCAGAGCGGACGGAGGAGGAACUGGGGCGGAUGUUGUUGGAGAUCGUGCUGUGCGUGAUGUGGCGUGGAGUGGAGGGUUCGGACGACGCGGCGUGGCUGGAGAGAGGCCAGGUCUUCUCUGCCCUCACAAAACUGGGCACUGCCAACGAGCUCCUGCUCCCCGUCGACCACAUCAAACUCAGUCUGUUGGAGCGUAUGUUGGAGUGGGCGGUGACAGACAACCGCGAGGCCUCGGCGGUGAUGUUGCCGCAGCACACGGAGAAUGCCGUGCGCCUGCUCCACGUGGUGCAGGACUUCCUGCAGGCGGAGGGGCUGGUCAACCCGGCGCUGUGGACGGAGAAGCUCCUGGAGGAGACGGUGACGUUGAUGGACAGUCUGAUGGUGUGGUACAGCGCGGGAACGCAGUGGCUCCAGCUCUCCCAGGUGGGACUGAGACUCCUCCUCGGCUUCAUGGCACAGGAGGACCCCCAGGUCUGCUCUAUGGCCACAGCUAAGCUGAACGGCAUUCUCCAAACCAAGUCCGUGGACUCCCAAGACGAGGCCUGUUACCUGCUGGGCCGCGUGGAGGGAAUUCUGCGCCGUUCCCUGCAGGAGAAAGCGGACGAAACCUACUCUUUCCUCGUCCCCCUGCUGCGCACCCUCCUCUCCAAAGUCCACAAACUCCUCUACAUGGAGCUGCACCUCCCCUCGCUCCCCGACACCAACGGGAGCCCCUCCUUCUUCGAAGACUUCCAGCUUUACUGCACCUCCCCGGAGUGGAGGGUCUACCUAGACAAAUAUAUCAUUCCCUACAUGAAACAGUAUGAGAUCGAGACAUUCAGCCGUGGCCAUGAGAACAUGGCGCUCUAUUGGAAGGACUGCUACGAGGCGUUCAUGGUCAACCUGCACUGCAGAGAGAGAGAGCGAGGAGAGAGCAAGAUUCGCUUUCAGGAGCAGUUUGUGGAGGUGUUCAGUCGCCGGGGGCGACAGGAGAACCUGCGCUAUAACAGCAUGCUCAAACAGAUGCACACGCAGAACAGCGCCAUCCUCAGGCAGUGGAAAGCAGCGCGUCGAGGCCUGAAGUGUGAACGAGGACCGUGGGUGGAAAAGGAACAAGCUGAGAUGCACUGGAAGUUGUCGAGUGCUGAGAACUACUCCCGCAUGCGCCUCAAGUUAGUGAGAAACUACAGCUUCGACCCCCACCGGGAGGCCAGCGCCCUCAGAGACAAUUUAGGUGUCCAGCAGCAGCAGGUCAGUGCUGAGUCCUUCCCUCUCGAGGCUGUCAAACAGGUGAAGGUCAGCGACCUGGAGGACGACAUCCUGGAGCUUCCCGAGGAUGACCCCACGGGAACCAAUCAAGCGGACAGCGAGGAGGCGGGGCAGAAGGAGAAACUGGUUCUGUGGGAAGACUGUGAACUGGUCACUGUGGUUGACGUUUACCCAGGACGACUGGAGCUCACCAACCAGCACAUCUAUUUCUACGACAGCAGCGCCGAGAAGGAGGAGGGUGUAGGUCAGGAUUUUAAAUGGCCUCUGUCUCAGAUCCGGGAGAUUCACCUGCGCAGGUACAACCUCCGGCGCUCCGCCCUCGAGAUCUUCCUCAUCGACCAGACCAACUACUUCCUCAACUUCAAAAAGGAGGCUCGUAAUAAAGUCUACAGUCGUUUGUUGCUGUUACGCUCUCUCUCGCUCCACGGCACUCGCUCACCCCAGGAUCUACUCAAAGCGUCUGGACUCACCCAGAAAUGGGUGAACAGGGAGAUCUCGAACUUUGACUACCUAAUCCAGCUCAACACCAUCGCUGGACGAACGUACAACAACCUGGCCCAGUAUCCCGUGUUUCCGUGGAUCCUGUCCGACUACACCUCGGAGGAGCUGGACCUGUCCGACCCAAAGGUGUUCCGAGACCUGUCCAAACCGGUGGGGGUUCAGAAUGAACGGAACGCCAAGGCAGUGAGAGAGAAGUAUGAGAGUUUUGAGGAUCCAACCGGGACCGUGGACCGUUUCCAUUACGGCACGCACUACUCCAACGCUGCAGGAGUCAUGCACUACCUCAUCAGAGUGGAGCCCUUCACCUCCCUACACAUCCAGCUACAGAGCGGACGGUUUGACUGUGCCGAUCGGCAGUUUCACUCCAUUCCUGCCACGUGGCAAACGCUCAUGGACAACCCCAAUGACGUUAAAGAGCUCAUCCCGGAAUUCUUCUAUUUCCCGGAAUUCCUGGAAAAUCAGAAUGGCUUUGACCUGGGUCGUCUGCAGAUCUCUAAAGAGCGGGUGGGUGAUGUCAUCCUGCCUAAAUGGGCCAAGUCUCCUGAGGAUUUCAUCUACAAGCACAGGAAAGCCCUGGAAUCUGAGUAUGUGUCCGCUCACCUACACGAGUGGAUUGACCUGAUCUUCGGUUAUAAGCAGAGAGGUCCGGCCGCUGUGGACGCGCUCAAUGUCUUCUACUACUGCACAUACGAGGGAGCUGUGGAUUUGGACGCCAUCACCGACGAAAAAGAACGCAAAGCUUUGGAAGGGAUGAUCAGCAAUUUUGGACAGACACCAUGCCAGUUACUGAAGGAGCCCCACCCUGUCCGUCUGUCUCUGGAGGAGCUGGAGAAAAGGAAGUCGCGCCUCGACUCCUGUCCUCUCAGCAUCUUUGAGCACCUCACUGAACUCAAGUCCUUCUUUGUGGAGGGCAUCAGUGACAACAUCCCUCUGGUGAAAGCUGUAGUUCCCAAGAACCAAUCACAUUCCUUCAUUUCACAGGGCAGUCCAGACACCAUGGUAACUGUCAGUCAGAACUGUCUUAUUGGAGCUCACGGCUGGCUGCCCUAUGAUAAGACCAUCUCCAACUACUUCACCUUCAUUAAAGACCCCACUGUGG